UCUGGAGGUGUUUCUCUGCAUUCAUUAAAGGACUGCAGAAACGUCUACACGAGUUUUGAUUGACUUUCUUUGCAGAAAACUUUCAAGAAACCAAAAUGCGUCCAUCUCGCUCUAAGCUCCAGCAGGCCCCCCAGCCUCCUUCCAUCAGGAUGAGUUUGCGGAGCUUCCGUAACGUGCCCAUGGAGACAUCCUCUUCCUCCUCAGAUGACAGCUGUGAUAGUUUUGGCUCUGACGGUGGCUUUGCCAACACGAAAAGUAGCUUCAGAGGAGCUAAGAAGGUGGCGGAGAGAGCCAAGGUAUUUGAGGCUAGCUCGGAGGAAGAGUCUCUCACUGGGUUCGAGAAUGCUUUCAGCAGUGAAAUGAGUGCCAUGAGAGUGGACUCGGAGGAGUCAUUGGGGCCUCGGAGGAAGGGCCGUCGGUCCCAGACCCUGAAGGUGGCCAUGAAGUUCCCCACCAGGAGGGCCAUCCAGAAGACUACUGCAGCAGAGCCAUCUAAACAGCCCAUAAAAGAGUCUGACUCCAAGGAGGGAGGCAACUUCAUGGACAAGAGAGCGCUUAACAUUAAGGAGAACAAAGCAAUGCUUGCAAAGCUGAUGGCAGAACUCAACAAAAUACCUGGCUUCCCCAGAAGAACAUCCCUGCCUAUGAUGAAUACGCCUCGCCGUGCCCCCCGCCAGUCUCUGGGAGCCUCAGGACCCCAUAGGAGGAACCCUGAACGCACCUCUCGGCCCCACACUCGCUCCCGCACCCUGGUGGACGGCCCCCCCAGCCCUGCUCCAGAGGAAGAGGAGGACAAGUUCAACCUGGUGCGCAGGAGUCGCUACUAUGAGGAGGUGGAUGAGGCGAAGGCGCCCCAUCAGCGCAACUACAACAGGGUGAUAGCUAUUCCUCAUGUGGUGCGGCCUGUGGAGGACAUCUCCCAGAUGGAGCUGGAUCUGAUCGCCAACAACGUGCGGGAGAAGGUGUACAACAGCGCCACUGGAUCCACUUGCCACCAGUGCCGCCAGAAGACGAUCGACACCAAGACCAACUGCCGUAACCCAGAGUGUGUGGGGGUGAGGGGUCAGUUCUGUGGCCCAUGUCUCCGUAACCGCUACGGAGAGGAGGUCCGAGAUGCCCUGCUGGAUCCUGAGUGGGAGUGUCCGACGUGCAGAGGGAUCUGCAACUGUAGUUUCUGUAGAGCCAGAGAGGGUCGCUGUGCCACUGGAGUCCUGGUCUACCUGGCUAAAUACCACGGCUAUGACAACGCCCAUGCCUACUUAAAAGGCCUUAAAAAGGAAAUGGACGAGAGCCAGUAAACCACGGAGGGUGUCACCUGAUUCUGGACCUGAUUGACAGCGUUAUGUUAAAUAUCUCUAUUCCAAAAUGCAAAACAGUUAAUUAUUCUAUUGCUCCUGAUUCUGUUUUUUUUUCUUACAUUGUUUUAAAUGUAUAAAGUUUUACCAUCACAUUUACAUUUACAUUUAAGUCAUUUAGCAGACACUCUUAUCCAGAGCGACUUACAAAUUGGUGCAUUCACCUUAUGACAUCCAAUUACGUGACAUAAUUUGAUGAGUCUUCCUCACUGUUUAUACUGUUAUGAUGAAUAUCUUCAAUGUUUAUAGUUAUGUUUGCUUGUGAUCUCACUUUUAAGCUGCAAGUUCUGAUAAAACCAAAAAUAUUAAAUGUGUAAAGGUUAGUUGGUCUCUACGGUAAUUGUACUCAAGAUUCAUAAAUUUUUCUGUAAGAAAAUUUGCUUUUAACUUCAAUAAGGCUUAUCUGCUGUUUUAGUCUCAGCUGUUGGAAAGUAAAAAAUGUUGUCACGGUUACUCUUGACUAUUUAGUAGUUCGUCAUUGUCCCACCAUGCCCCUGAGGUGGAGGGCACAGUGAGCCAUUGACCCCCCCCCCCCCCGGGCUGAGGGACUGUGUGAUAUCCUACAGUGCCUGGUUAUAUCCUUCAUUAGAUAACUGUCACUAAUGGUGUGGAAACAAUUAGCAGUGUCUAAUGGGAAUCUCAUACCUGUAAAUCAAUUCUAUUAAAGCACUUUCUCGCUCUG